AUGCACCGGCUCCGCAAAUACUCCUCAUCAUGUCUUCUGGAACAAUUCCGACUAGCAAUGGGAAGAACUGCAUCUCAAGCAAUGAUAUUGACUUCUGCAACUACAACCAUUAACGAAUUGCAUGGCAUGACCUUGGGGUCAGUAUGUUCAUUAUCGGUGUUCCCAUCUCCGCUUAUACAGUUCAAUUUGCAUUUACCAUCAUACACUUCGACCGAAUUGCACAAACACAAGUUCCUUGCAUUGCACGUAUUACCACCCACCAAAAACUCCGUUCAUCUAAGUCGAAUAUUUGCCAAAGGUGUGAAACUAAACAAGGGCACCAAACUCGCUGCAACGAAAGAAGAGAAAAUCGACGGCCAGGUGUUUCAUGAAAUGACAAAGCCAUUCACACGUUUACAACAAGGCGUCGACUACCUGUUUUAUGAUAUAGCUGGUGUACAAAUACCGGUGCUAAACGACGUCGAAACAACAUUAAUAUGCCAAACCCAAGACACCUUCCCUGUCGAUAAUCACGAAAUAUGGGUCGCAAGCGUUGUCGAUAUACUACACAACAAAACCUAUUCACAAAAGUCUGGCGGAAUAUUAUACUUUGACAGAGGGUUCCACAAGAUUGGAAAAUCGUUGUCUGAAGAUUAG